CUUAAAAACAGUCUGUGUGAGCCAGAGGAGAAAUGGCACAGCAAAGAAAGCAGCCAGAUUCAGAGAAACUCUCUUGUUCCAUCUGUCUGGAUCUACUGAAGGAUCCAGUCACUACUUCCUGUGGACACAGCUACUGCAUGGACUGUAUUAAAACACACUGGGAUGGAGAGGAUAAGAAGGGAAUCUACAGCUGUCCUCAGUGCAGGAAGACUUUCACACCGAGGCCUGUCCUGGAGAAACACGUGCUGUUAGCAGAGUUAGUGGACGAGCUGAAGAAGACUGGACUCCAAGAUGCUGCUGCUGAUCUCUGCUAUGCCGGACCUGAAGAUGUGUCCUGUGACGUCUGCUCUGGGAGAAAACUGAAAGCUGUUAAGUCCUGUUUAUUCUGUCUGGUCUCUUACUGUGAGCAACACCUCCAACCUCACUAUGAUGUAGCUCAACUAAAGAAACACCAGCUGGUGGAGCCCUCCAAGAACCUCCAGGAGAACAUCUGCUCUUGUCAUGAUGAGGUGAUGAAGAUUUUCUGUCUCACUGACCAGCAGUUGAUCUGUUAUCUCUGUACAAUGGAUGAACAUAAAGGCCAUGAAACCGUCUCAGCAGCAGCAGAAAGGAUGAAGAAGCAGAAGGAGCUGGAGGUGAGUCGACUGAACGUCCAGCAGAGAAUCCAGGACAGACAGAAAGACAUGGAGCUGCUUCAACAGGAGCUGGAGGCCAUCAGUGUCUCUGCUGAUAAAACAGUGGGGGACAAUGAGAAGAUGUUCAGCGAGAUGAUCCAUCUCCUUCAGAACAGACGGCGAGAUGUGGAGCAGCAGAUCAGAUGCCAGCAGAAGACCGAAGCGAGUCGAGUCAAAGAGCUUCAGGAGAAGCUGGAGCAGGAGAUCAGAGAUCUGAAGAGAAAAGACACUGAGAUGAAGCAGCUCUCAGAUACACCAGAUCACAUCCAGUUUCUGCACAACUACCCCUCAGUGUCAGCACUCAGUGAGUCCACACACUCAUCCAGCAUCAUCAUCCGUCCUCUGAGAUACUUUGAGGACGUGACAGCAGCUGUGAAAGAGCUCAGAGAUCAUCUACAGGACAUUCUGAGGGGCACGUGGACAAACAUCUCACUGGCAAUCACUGAAGUGGAUGUUUUACUGUCAGAACCAGAGACCAGAGCUGGAUUCUUAAAAUAUUCAACAGAAAUCACUCUGGAUCCAAACACAGCACACAGAUAUCUAUUAUUAUCUGAAAAAAACAGGAAAGUAGAACUUACGGGACAAGACCAAUGUUAUGCUGAUCAUCCAGACAGAUUCACCGAUUACUGUCAGGUCCUGAGUAGAGAGAGUCUGACUGGACGUUGUUACUGGGAGGUGGAGUGGAGAGGAGAAGGAAAAAGAGUUCGUGUAGCAGUCGCAAAGAAGAACAUCUGCAGAAAAGGAGACUUACACGAAUGUGUAUUUGGACAAGAUGACAAAUCUUGGUCUUUGCGUUGUAACGCUGGCAGUUAUACAUUUUGGCACAACAACACUGAAACUCCUGUCUCUGGUCCUCUGUCCUCCAGAAUCGGAGUCUAUCUGGAUCACAGAGCAGGUAUUCUGUCUUUCUACAGCGUCUCUGACACCAUGGCCCUCCUCCACAAAGUCCAGACCGCAUUCACUGAGCCCUUACAUGCUGGAGUUGGGCUUUGCUGUUUUUUUGACACUGCAGAGUUACGCCCAACUAGAAUAAUUCCAGUGUCUGAGGAUCAGUUCAUGUUUAGCCCUGAUUUAAGUUCAUGAUUACUUCUGUAGUUGCAGCAUUAAUCAGUGAGAUGACAACCGAACUGAUUGAUUCUUAAAUGUUUUUGACCGUUUUUAAAUCUGCUUUCAGCUUCUGAAACAUGAACUUCUGGCUUUUAUCUGGCACCAGAAUGACAGGAUUUGAACAAUAGGGAUGUGAUGUUGAUUUUCAUGAAGCUGAAACUUCACAAUGAGGCUGACAUGUUGCUUCAGUGUGGAAGCAGCAACAUGUUGAGUCUCAUUUUAAAGCAUCAUGACACAGUGAGUGAUGUCUGAUGGAGGUUUAUGGUUUAACAGUAAAUGUCUGUAUUACCUUGACACACAAAAUCACUAAAUUCGCAUUUUAUUGUAAAUAUUUCCCUGUUUUCUCAUUUUACCUACUCAGAAACAAUUUUGCAGCAUAAAAAUGUCAUGAAAAUGUAGCAGUGAAUGACUUUCAACGUUCUUCUGAAUCUGGUCUUUGCUGUCCUUUGAUUUCAGUUCAUGUUUCUUCAACCUCAUGUUUAGUGAUGCAUUUAUGGAACCAGCUGAGGAGACGGAAAAAUCAGCUUUUGAUUCAAAUGUGCACUUAAAUUCUCUUUCACAUGGAUAUUUAUGCAGAAUUUGUUGGAUUGGUAUUUUGUUUAGUUUUUUUCUGUGUAAAAAUGUUGCCAUUUUAGUUUA